CUCUUGAAUGAGGAACGUGGAGGAGAAGAAGCUGUCACAUAGUGCGCUGGGAUCUGUUACCGGACACAUACGGCUCCGCUUGCCGGGCUCUACGCCUGUCAUGCCCACCGGUCGCGAUUAACCCCUCACGGCCCCGCUGUCACUGAGCAGGAUGGAGCACUUACCGGGGAGAUGGACUUUCUUAUGUCUCCUCUAUCUCGUGCUGGAAUUAGUCUCCGCUGAGAACGUCUGCACUGGCACAAUGAACGGACUCAGUGUAACCGGCGAGGCAGAGUACCAGCAUCAUACCUUGAAGAACACGUACAACAACUGCCACAUUGUGAUGGGAAAUCUGGAGAUAGUGCUUGUUGAGAACAACAAAGAUCUAUCCUUCUUAAAGUCUAUUCGUGAAGUGACGGGAUAUGUGCUGAUCGCCUUGAAUAUUUUUACCUAUUUGCCACUAGACAACCUGCGUGUCAUUCGCGGAGAGAGUCUUUAUGAAGACAAGUACUCACUUUACAUGAUCCUUAAUAACCAGGUGAAUGGCACCCGUGGCAUCCAGAAGCUCAGCUUCUUCCAUCUUACAGAGAUUCUAGCUGGAGGUGUUCACAUAACUAAGAAUGAGCAGCUGUGUUACACCGAUACCAUAGACUGGAAAGACAUCAUACGAGAUCCUAAGGCGCAAGUAGAAAUUAGCGACAAUGCUGCAAAUUGUAAACCUUGUCAUCCAUCUUGCACUGGGAAGUGCUGGGGACCAGGAGAAGAAGACUGUCAGAAAUUGACAAAGAACAUCUGUGCAGAGCAGUGCAAUGGACGUUGCUAUGGACAGACCCCCGCUGAAUGCUGCCAUGACGAGUGCGCGGGGGGCUGCACAGGUUCUCUAAACACCCAGUGCUUUUCAUGUCGGAACUUCAAUGAUAAUGGGACCUGUGUCUCACGAUGUUCUCAGCUGAUUUACAACGCUCUGACCGGUCAAAUGGAACAUGGCCCUGAUGCUAAAUUCCAGUACGGAGGAUCAUGUGUGAAGAGCUGCCCCCAUAAUUUUGUGAUCGACCAGAACUCCUGCGUUCGUUCAUGUCCCAGCAACAAGAUGGAAGUGACAAAAAAUGGAGUCAAGAUGUGUGAGCCAUGUUCCGGCCUUUGUCCCAAAGCAUGUGAAGGAACCGGUAAUAAAUACCAGACUGUAGAUUCCAAUAACAUUGAUAGAUUUAUUAACUGCACCAAGAUCUUGGGCAAUCUGGACUUCCUUACCAUUGGACUAGAUGGGGAUGAGUUUAUGAAUAUCACCGCUCUGGACCCCAACAAACUCAAUGUCUUUAGAACAGUGCAAGAAAUAACAGGAUACCUAAACAUCCAGUCAUGGCCAAAGCAUAUGAAUGACUUCAGUGUCUUCUCCAGCCUCACUACCAUUGGUGGUCGGACACUCAUACGUGGGGUGUCACUUCUUGUGAUGAAGAACAGCAAUGUGACAUCUCUGGGGUUUCGGUCAUUACGUGACAUCAGUGCUGGGAAAGUUUAUAUUGCCGAAAAUGAGAACCUUUGCUAUUAUAACACUAUUAAUUGGAAAACCUUAUUCCCAACAAAACGGCAGAACUUUGAUAUAAAGAAUAACAAGUCCCCAGACACUUGUGUGAAUGAAGGAAAAGUAUGUGACCCCCUGUGUUCUGAUAAGGGCUGCUGGGGUGCAGGACCGGAGCAGUGUCUAUCUUGCAGGAACUUUAGUCGAGACGGGAUCUGUGUACCAUACUGUACCCUAUACCAAGGAGAUAGCAGAGAGUUUGCAAAGGAUGGUGUUUGCUUGCCGUGCCACCCAGAAUGUCAGAAGGUGGAAGGUGCACUGACCUGCAAUGGAACAGGCGCAGACUCGUGCAAACAGUGUGCCAACUACAGGGACGGUCUAAAUUGUGUGGACAAAUGUCCUCAUGGAGUCAUGGGGGAAAAAGGACCAGUCUACAAGUACGCCAGUGUGAGCAAGAUCUGUCUGCCCUGUCAUGAGAACUGUACAGAGGGGUGCGUAGGCCCAGAUAUCCAGGACUGCAUUAACAUCGUUCUGCGUGCUGCUGAAAGUAAAACUCAAGCAAUGGUAGCAGGGGCGGUGGUUGUGUCCAUAUUUGUCCUGUGUUGCUGCAGUCUCCUAGCACUUCUGUACUGGAGAGGAUUGAGAAUCCGAAAAAAGCGAGCUAUGAGACGCUACCUGGAGAGAGGAGAUGGUAAUGAAAUGCUGGAUCCAUCAGAAAAAGCCAACACUGUGCAAGCUCGAAUAUUCAAAAGCACAGAGCUGAAGAAGCUCAAAGUUCUUGGAUCUGGGGUAUUUGGCGUUGUGCACAAGGGUGUUUGGAUCCCAGAUGGUGAUUCUGUUAAGAUCCCUGUGAGCAUCAAAGUGAUACAAGAUCGCAAUGGUGGUCAGACAUUCCAUGCGCUCACUGAUCACAUGCUCGCCAUGGGAAGCCUGGAUCAUGCAUGUGUCGUACGAUUGCUGGGUAUUUGUCCAGGAGCACAACUGCAACUAGUCACACAGCUUCUGCCUAUGGGCUCACUGCUUCAGUAUGUUAGGCAGAACAAGGACACUGGUGCCAUUGGUCAACAAAUGCUGCUAAACUGGUGUGUGCAGAUUGCCCGGGGCAUGUACUACUUGGAGGAACACCGCAUGGUUCAUAGAAACCUCUCCGCUCGCAAUGUCCUUAUGAAGCAUGCCAAUCACGUGCAAGUGUCCGAUUUUGGUGUAGCAGAUCUGUUGUACCCAGAUGACAAGAAAUACUGUUACAAUGAGAUCAAGACCCCCAUAAAAUGGAUGGCUCUGGAAAGUAUACACUUCGGGAAAUACACUCACCAAAGUGAUGUGUGGAGUUACGGUGUGACACUGUGGGAAAUGAUGACAUUUGGAGAUGAGCCAUAUCCAGGUAUCCGUCUGUCUGAAGUACCAGACCUUCUCGAAAAAGGGGAGCGACUUCCUCAGCCUACAAUCUGUACUAUUGAUGUCUACAUGGUCAUGGUGAAAUGUUGGAUGAUAGAUGAGAAUGUUCGGCCUACAUUCAAGGAGCUGGGAAACGAGUUCACCCGUAUGGCCAGGGAUCCUCCCCGCUACCUGGUCAUAAAGCGAGACAGUGAUGCUCCUCUGUCACCUCUCCUUGGGGAAGCCCCACAACUAAGUGAUAAAGAAGAAGUGGAAGAUAUGGAACCUGAUGUAGGCACAGAAGAUGAUGAAGAUAUUGAACCACACCCAAAAACUCCAAGCACUCUUUAUGCAUCCCGACAAAGAAUAGACUAUUCUAGGAGUCAUAGUUUGCAGAGUUCACUUGCUGGAUACCUUCCUAUGAACCAGAGCAUUGGUACCAUCAGCAAGAAGAGUUCAAUGCACCGUAUCGAUCCAGGUGCCAGAUGGGCAACCAGGAGAAGGCAGGACUCUGUAGGCCGCACAGUCUCAGAGUCAUCUGAGGGCUGUUGUACUCUAUCUGACAUGGAAACAACAGAGGAAACGUCAUUUGGAUUUGGGAGCCUGAGUCGUAGUCCUCGCUCACGUUUAGACAGUGCUUAUCGCUCCCAGAGAGAGAGCCUACUUGCUGGUACCCCAGAUACUGACAGCGAGUACAUAAUGCCUGAGCUUAGCCAGGGAGAUCUAUCAGAGGAUGGAACACUAAUGUCCCAAGGAUCUAGAUCCCUAACCCCAUGCAUGGCCAGUGCCACUGAAGAGGAGGAUGAUGAAUAUGAGUAUAUGAACAGGAAGAGGCAGACGUCAGAAAGGUUGGAGUAUGAGUAUAUGGACAUUCGAGGGGCAGGAGAUGGAAGCAGAGAGCGCACAAGCUCUACGCGGCGGGACAGUAAGGAGGAAUAUUAUGAGUACGAAAACAAGGAGGACUAUGAGUAUAUGAACGAGCAAGGAAGACGCAACCAGAGCCAAGAACUAGAAGGAGAUAAAGAUGCAGAAUACACCUACAUGAACCGAAAUAGCAAAGUCAGGAAGGACAGCAAUUCAGAUGAUAAACAGGGCUACGAGGACAUGAAAUUAAUCACAGACCAGCCAAAGCCCUUAGAUAAACCCAUGGUGGUUCCCCAAACAUGCCACAGAGAGGCCUUACAAAGAGCUUACAUUCAACCUCUGAGAGAACUGGAGGUAAAAGACUGUGCAUUUGAUAAUCCAGAUUACUGGCAUAGCCGUCUGUUUGUUAAGGGUGACCUGCAGCGGACAUAAACAUGGCCAUUGUUCCAGGCUGUCUCAUUCCUUCUUCACUGUUUUGUUUGCUCUCAAGAAGCAGAUCAUCCUGAUAUGUACUGUUUGCCUCUGAAGCCAGCUGCAGGAAUUUAGUCCUCGAUUUCUAGGACACAAAGGAUGUUCAUUGAGCCAAGUGCUACUAUGACCAGUAGUUUACUAUUAUCAGCUACUGUGGUCAGGGAAGAUUGUAUAUGUUGUCCUAAACAGCUUUCACCUGUCUUGAUCCUCCUAAAUGAUCAGUUUGCUGGAACGGGAGUCAAAAAGGAUUUCCCAUGAGUACCUACACCAAACCAUUCCCAAAGAAGGCCACUGCUCGUUUAUUUAAAAGAAAAGAAAAAAAAACUAUAAAUGAGAAGUAGUGUUUCAUCUUUUCUUUUAUUUGUAUCCUUUGUGUUCAUGUCACUUUCUUUUAGGAUUUAGAAUUACAAAUAUUACAUGUUAAUGGUGAAUGAAGUAUUUCCUCAUAUCAACAGAUCAAACAUUUGUCCUCUUUACCAAGAAGUUUACUUGCUAAAAUAUUUUUUUAUCAAUUAUUUUUUUACUCUACAAGUUAAAAUAUUGAAUAUUACAGAUGGGUAGAGCUGCUAGUUCUUCUUUUAGAGAAAAUUGCACAGUAAGCAGUAAUGAAAUGCAUUGUGACACUGUCACGACUUCUGUUAUAUGAAGAGCUCAGCAUCCUCCCUGUUGCAGAUAACAAGGAAAACUGUAUAAGAAAUUGUCAUGGCAUUCUAAGUAUCAUGGCAUUACGCAGUGCCACAGGGAUCCUCACUUGAAAGUUGCUAAAUUCGAUGUCACGCAGCCCACCUGUAGGCAUGCAUAACACCAUGUAAAAACUUUUGCUUUAACCGCAUGUUUUCUUCUUAAGACAGUGAUAUAUGGGUCUGUGGGGUAACGUGUCUACUUGGGAAGAAUUCCAAGUUGUCAUAGUCUUAUAGACCGUGCAAUGAUCGUUGGGGGGGAAAAAGUGUGCAAAGUAGCCUUCCUCCAGACGAAAAAUAGGUUGCUUUGUUAUGCCACCUUUUCUACAAAUGGGUCAGUUUUCUUUGAAGGAGAUCCUGGUUUGGUUAAUAAUCCAUAGAUAAAUCAUGGCUCAUUAAAGGGGUUAACCAGAGAAAUAUUUUUACUUAUAGAAUUGAUCAGGGUGGCAGGAAAACAUAAAAAACAAACUCCUCAUCCUGCCAAUCCCCUGCCGGUGCUGGUCCGGCUGCUCAAAGCUUCAUGCUCUUCAUCUCAAAUCAUAGGAAGUGCCAGCUAACCGAAUCACUGGCUAAGGCUGGGUUCACACCACGUUUUUGCAAUACAGUUUUUUUUCAGGUUUUUGAUAAAAAAACAGAUUCCUCAAAACCUGACUAAACUGUAUAUAAACGUGUGUACAAAGUUUUAUCUGUAUAUGGUUUGAAAAGUGAUGUCUGGUUGCAUCCGUUUUUUAAGAAAAAAAACGCAUACGUUUUGAACUUUUCACUCCAUUAUGAAUAAAGUUUCACUUGUUUGAUUGAAAUUCCAAGAAAAAAAACUGUGCAAAGUCAAAAACCGUAUGGUAAAAACUGGAUGGAACUGUACACACAUACAGUUCUGUACGGUUCCCAUUAUCUCCCAUGUUUAAAAAAAAACGUAUACGGGUCUAUACGGUUUUUCACCUGGACCAAAAACCGUGGUAGGCCAUGGUUUUCUGUCCAGAAAAAAAAAAGUAAGAAACUGUGUGGUGUGAAAAACUGAGACAACCGUAUGCAAUAUGGUGCAUACGGUUUUGAAUGGAAAGUCUAUGGGCACGGUUUGCUGUACGGUUGCAUACAUUUUUUUUUUUUUUAAAUCGUAUCCAAAAACUGUAUAGAAAAUUGUGGUGUGAACCCACCCUAAGGCAGGUCACCACUGCGGGCAGUGAUUGGCUGUGCGGGCACUUCCUAUAUGUCAGAUGAAAGAACCAGACUCUGUAAACAAUGGUGCUGGCAUGUUUGCAUCGGCAGGAGAACAGCAGGUGAGUACAUGUUUUUUUAAAAAUGUUUUCCUGCUACCUUAAAGGGGUACUCUGCUGCUCAGCG